GAUUCCCCUCGCCGUUUUUUUUUUUUUGUUUCUUUUUGGGCUUGGGAUAUUCGACUACAUACCGAAUAGCGUCAUCCUGCGAGACAGCCGACUACUUUAGCGCCCUCGUUGCACCCAAUUCCACACGUCCAAUUCUCCGGCGCUUCUGCGCUUACCUCUCCCGCUUACCUCGCUCAAAAUGAGUUACGGCGGAUAUAAUCCCUAUGGCGGCAAUGGCGGCGGCUGCAGGGGUUACGGUGCGGAUCCCUUCGACGACCGGAAUGCUUUGCAAUACGGAGCCGGAAACCAUGAGAUGUCCUCUUUCAACUCGGGAGGUUCGCCCCAGAUGGGCCAACAGGGUUACGGAUCCCCAAGGGCACAGGGCCAGAAUUCGAUCCUUGACGAAUGUAUCGACAUCCAGAAUCAAGCCCAAGAGCUCGAGAACAAGCUAGGGGCACUUAGCGGACUCCAGAAACGGUAUCUCGACGAUGCGGACACGUCAGGCGGUUCAAACACCAGGCGGGACCUCGAUAAUCUGACUCAGUCGAUGAUGGACCAGUAUAAGGGCUUGACGGAUCGCGUUAGGGCUAUCAAGUCCAACCCGGACUGCCGCGAUCGGCGAAAUGUUUCCCAGGUUAACAAGACCGAUCGCGACGUCAGGCGAGCAAUCCAGAAAUUCCAAGAGCUCGAGGUAGUAUCCCGCAAAGAGAUCGAGGAGCGAUCGAAGCGCCUGGCCCGGAUCGCACACCCUGAUGCCACCGAAGACGAGAUCACGACGAUUGUAAACAGCGAUACGCAGGUCUUCGCGCAAGCCGUCAUGGGCAACCGUGCCGAGAACGCAAACCGUACCCUUGGCGCUCACAAGGAACGCAACCAGAAGAUGAAGCAGAUCGAGCAGCAGUUGAUCGAGCUCUUGGAGAUCCUCAGCGAGACGCAGGAACUCUUGCACAAGCAGGAGGUGACGAUUGCGACGGUCGAUGAGCAAAUUGUGGAUACCAAUCAACAAAUGGACGCUGCGAACACCAAUCUCGGGGUAGCCACCACAACGGCAAGGGCAACACGCAAGAAGAAGUGGUGGUGCUUGGGUAUCUGCGUUGUGAUUGUCGUCAUUAUCGUCGUCGCUGUGGUCGCCUAUAUUCUAGUCAACCGCGCGGCAAACGGCGGCGGUGGCGGAGGCGGUACCACUGACAACAGCAAUAACAACAACGGUGACAACACUGGCACUGGCGGCACCACUGGCGACAACACCGGCACCAACACCGGCACGGGCACCACCGGCGAGACCACCGGAGAUAACACCGCCACCCAGAGGCGCAGCCCGUUCCGACGGAACCUCCUAGAAGACCUACAAAUGAACACGGGCCGCGCGGUCAAGAUCUCUCCUGAUGUUGUCCCGCGUUUCCCCAGGCGACUCGCCAGCAGGGCACGCCGCGCGGGGGUAGCGGCCAACCAGGACGUUGAGGCUUUGGCUAAGAAGCGGUUUGUUGUUGACUGGCAAGGCGCCGAUCCUACCGGGUCUGACGACUGAAGGACUUGCGGUUUCAUCUUGGCAGUUCGUCGUGGAUGGCACCGUCGGGGCAUACGGGAUGUGGCUGCUGGUUUUAGCACAUUCCGUUCCGUCGAUCUGGCACCUUCUGGGUUGGGGGCGGAAGGGGGGUUCUCUUUUGGAUGGGGAGGUUUUUAUACCAGUCGAGCAUUUCGAGCUUGGUUGGUGCGUAUCUCGGUCUUGUUUUGUCCUCUUCCAGGCGUAUAUAUCAGCAUGGCGUGCCGUUGUUCAAGAUAUCAAGGCGUUGGAUGGACUUGGGAGUGAUAGCUUUCGGAUUACCCUCAUUUGAUGUGUUAGGGCGUUGUAA